CACAUACCGGUGUUGUGUCGAAGUCUGUUCCCCCUAUGUUCCCCCUAUUUUUCCCUUCAGUGUAGUGUUUUUAUUGGCGUUUUUAUCACGUUAUAGGUUUUAUUAUUUAUAUAUUUAAAGUUUUAAUGGCUACUGAGAUGUAUAUGUGUGCGUUUCUGUAAUGUAUCUGUAUUGUUCUGAAUGGUAAGUCAAUUAUUUUUACAGUAUGAAUCAUAUUAAAUGUAUCAUAUUUAUUUAAUUAUGUAUGCAAACAUUACAUUUUUAAAACAACCAGUAAAGGAAAAAAAAGGAAAAGAGAGGCUAUAUUUUAAAAGAAAUACCCUAAUAGAAAACUGUCAAAUGUAUGAAAUAUUUAAUAAAUUGUAUUAUACAAUACAUGAUAUUAUGCCUUUUAAGUAUAACCAAUUCAAAUCUUUAAUCUUUCUAAAUGUAACGUGAUGAAAACGCUAUAAAAGCACCACACUAAAGGGAAACAUAGGGGGAACUGAGUUCGACACAACACCGGUCCCUGCUUCCCUGUUUAACGUAUCCCAGUAAAUUCCACAUCCUUUUCCGGAUUUUAACAUCUGUUUUCUUUCUUUUUAUUCUCCCAACUCUGCCGCUUCUCCUACUUGCUGUAUGUUUACAUUCGCGAGGCCACCAACAUGGCCGCCACGUCCCAGAAUGCAACGCGGCGCCCAAGCCCUAUUGAGUACUAUUUGCAAAACCAUGGUUAUUUUGUGGUAACACUGGUUUAACUACAGUACCGUUAACCAGGUUUUGUUGUAUGUAAAUGUUUAAUUUUCAUAAGUGAUGUAUAACAUAAUAAAUAGUUAGCAGUGCAUACCAGACUGCAAAUGUUUUGUUUAUUUACAGAAGCCGAGGUUGUGUACUAUUUUUAUUUUUGCUUGCUUGUUUUCUCAUGAUCACAACUUAAUUUCUUGUUAUCUCAAGUUAACAAAAGUUGUAUUUUUUCUCAUCAGAUUUACAAUAACACAAUACACAACAUCAUGUCAUUGUUUGCAUCCCUGUAUGUUACUGUCUGAUGUUUAUUGUUUCUGCUCAGCAUGAUUGCAAAUGUGAAAUAUUUUAUACAGUUGAAUAAAUAAUACAUUAAAAUAAGUGACAAGUUUUAGACACGUAUUGAUCACUUCAGUUAAAGCAUUUAUUUCAUAACAUUAUUUAUUGAAUUGCUGUGUUAGGAUGUGAUGACCGUGGAAUGGAUUUUGUUCUUCCGUGUGCUGUCCCUGAAAUUGUCCCGAACAACGGACAUUUGUUAGACAGACGCGCCGGGAGUUCACAUCCACGAGGAGGAGUAAAGGAGUUUACUCCUGCAUUUGAGGAGGCGAACAGCCCCACAGAAAAAUGCAAGAAUACAAUCUUUAAAUCAAUAAAGAAGGGGUGGAAGAAUGUAAAGCAGCCAUUCCUUCGUAAUGAUAAAGUGGAAACACUGAUUCCUUCAGAGCUUAAUGCGGAUUCAGCUAAUCCUAAUCUAAAGGAUGAAGCUGGUCUGGCCAGCUCUGAAUUAAACAAUAAGAUCAAACCGGAAAAACAACGAAUGGCAUUCUUUGACUGUCUCCGGAGGGGCAAGGUGGAGUCAGUGCCGACUCCCCUGCUUAAAGCGGAUCCAGCUAUCCCUGAUGUUAGGGAAGUUGUUGAUCUAGCAUCACAGUCAAAGACCUACGUUGGUCCGAAGAAACAGAAACGAAAGGCUUCAAAGAGCCGCAGAUCUAACCUCCAGGGAGAAAAAGUGACUGUUGUGCCAACUCAACAGCCCAAGGCCAUUUCAGAUAUUCCUGUUGGCAUGGAUGUUCCUGAUCUGGCCUGCCCCCAAUCAAAACCAAAGAUUUGUCCGGAUAAACGCAUGACAUUGUGGGAACGCUUGCUUGGAUGCUUCGGGAGGGGCAAAGUGGAGUCGAUGCCGACUUCACAGAUUGAGGCCGAUCCAGCUAUCCCUGAUGCCAGGGAAGUUGUUGAUCUGGCAGAUUCUCAAUCGAAGAGUGUUGGCUUAAAGAAACACAAACAAAAGGCUUCAAAGAGCCGCUUAUUUCACAACCCUUUGAGAAAAAAAGGUAAAAAAGUGAAAAAAGAUGCCGAUCCAGCUAUUCCUGAUGCCAUGGAUGGUGCGGAUCUGGCCAGUUUUGGUGGCAUCGCUGCAGCCAAUGCCAGGCUACAGACGUUAGGUGCCAUUACAGAGAAUAUUGGGUUAAAAGGUGGUGGAAAUCCCGACCCAAAUAAAGCAAAAAAUCCUGGGUCAAAAGAAGAUGGAAAUCCUGAGGCAAAAGCCCUUGAAAAUCCCAGAAAUCCCUUACCAGAAGAUGAUAAAGUUGUCAGGCCAAAAGUUAUAAAUGUUGUUCAACAAGCUUUUGAACCACCAAGCGAGAAGAAACCAGCUGAUCUCUCAGUGCCUGAAGACACUUUUGAUUCUAAAUAUCAACUCUUGGAGGAUGAAGUGCUUGGGGAAGGUACCUUUGGCAAAGUGUACAAAGGGAUCCGUAAAUCGGAUGGCACUCUGGUUGCCAUCAAGCGAAUAACCAAACGAAGGAAUGAAAGCACUAUUCAGAUUCCUGGAUACCCCAAACCGCUCAUUACAGAAGUGGCGCUGAUGCUUAAGUUAAGAGAUGCGCCCUCAUGCACCAAUAUCAUACAGUUGUAUGACUGGUACGAGACUAAACACUUUUACAUGCUGGUGUUGGAGUACCCACUGCACAGCGAAUCCUUGAAGCAAUUUGUUAAGCGUGAAGAAAAACUAAGUGAAAAUACAGCAAGACAUCUCAUGCGUCAGGCGGUACGGGCAGUGAAACACUGUCUGGAUAAUGGAGUUUUCCAUGCCGACAUCCAUUGCGGAAACUUCUUGGUGCAGCAAUCAACAAUGAGCCUGAAGUUAAUUGACUUUGGGUCUGGACUUUAUCUGACGGAUGAUGAUGGCUAUGACUUUAGUGGAGCUCCAUGGUGGAUCGAAAAAUUCGAAAAAUUCGAGGCCGUGCAAGAAAGCGUCUGGGCCUUAGGUGAUGUGCUGUACUUUAUGGUGCAUGGAUAUUUCGUGGAUUCCAGGAAUCGGAGGAGAACUAUGAAUCGUUUAUCAAAGGAAAUCAGCAAUCUGUUAAGAGGUUGCCUGGCCGAGAAUCCAAGUGAUCGUCCGACGCUCAAGCAGAUCUUAGAUCAUGACUGGUUUAAAACUAAGUCUGACGAAGAAGAGCUACUCGUAUACAAAAUGAGGGCACUAUCCGCACAAGGGGAAUGAUUGGAGAUGCUGUUUUCAUCAUUCUGAGACAUAUGGAGUUUGCUAAUCAUGUUUAUGGAUAAAUAAGUUUCUACAACCAGAAACCGAGAAUAGCACCGACAUUAAAAGGGCCACAAUUUCUCAGGAGUAACACAUUUUUGCACACUUUCUGCAUAAUGUUUUAUUUCAGCCUCAGACUUCAUGAUCACAGACCGCUGGCUGAACGUCUGAUGCAGAUCCUGUCUCAUCCUUGAACACAUUAAAAAAAAAUGUUUAAAUUCUUAAUGUUUUUAUAUUUUAAAGUUGUAGUUUCUAAUAUAUAGUUUAUCCUCUAUAGAAUCAGCUAUGUCUGGCUCUCUCUCUCUAGGGUUGUUUUUCUUCUAGGAGUUUAGGGAGUCAGGUUUAUUAAUGUAAAGCUGCUUUGAAAUAAUUAAACAAUUGUGAAAAG